AUGGAUACUCUUGUGCUAGUUUCCUCCAUACUUGUGCCCACCAUCACCAUCUUCUUUUUGCACCAUUUUCUCACCGGGAAAUCAAACAUUCCCGGCAAAUAUGGCUGGCCACUCAUCGGUGAAAGCAUCGAUUAUUUCAAGAAGCUUCGAAGUGGCACCAAUGAGAAGUUUGUCAUGCAAAGAAAGAAACUAUUUGGAAAUGUUUUUAAAACAUCAAUUCUUGGUGAAAAAAUGGCGUUUUUGUGUGGCCCCGAAGGCAACAAGUUCUUGUUUUCUCAAGAAAAUAAGCUUGUUGAAGUAUGGUGGCCUAGUUCGGUUGAGAGUAUCAUCAAGAAAUCAAAUAAUAAGUCUGUCACUGCUGAGUCAGCCAAGGUGCGACAAUUGUUGCCUCCCUUCUUGAGAGCUCACGCGGUUAAAAAUUAUAUCGCAGACAUGGAUUCCGAAUUGAAACAGCAUUUGGAGGAAUAUUGGACCGGGCACGAUAAGGUUGAGGUAUGCCCAUUUGUUGCGAAAUACACAUUUGCAUUGGCCGUAAAGUUGCUAUUAGGAGUGCGUGAUGGGACCGAGUUAGAGAAGCUUGCGAAGCCGUUUGUGGAUGCAGCAGGUGGAAUCAUUGCGGUCCCAAUCAACAUUCCGGGAACGAGGUUUAAUCGUGGAGUUAAAGCAUCAAACAAAAUUCGAGAAGUCAUAAACGACAUUAUUGCCCAACGAAGAAAGGACCUUGCGGAUGGAAUUGCCACUCCAUCUCAAAAUUUGCUUUCUCACAUGAUUGUCGAGGUUGAUAAGAGGAAUGAGGAUACAAGUAACGCUCCCACGACUGACGGUGACAUGUCGAGCGACUUACUUGGAUUGCUCAUCGGUGGUUACGAUACCAUCAACACCACGGUCGUGUUCAUUAUGAUGACUCUUGUCGAUCAUCCUGACGUAUACGAAGGAGUACUAAAAGAGCAAAUGGAGAUAGCACAAGGGAAAGCACCCGGUGAGCUAUUGAACUGGGACGACUUGCGUAAAAUGAAGUACUCGUGGAAUGUAGCUUGUGAAGUGCUAAGGAUGCGUCCUCCGACGGUUGGGGCUUUCCGUGUUGCGAAAAAAGAUUUCACUUUUGGUGGUUUCACAAUUCCCAAAGGAUGGAAGCUACAUUACAUACCACAUUACACUCAAAAGAACCCUGAAUACUUUCCAAAUCCUGAGAAAUUCGACCCCUCGAGAUUUGAAGGAGACGGGCCCGCACCUUACACGUACGUGCCAUUCGGAGGUGGUGCACGGAUGUGCCCCGGAAACGAGUAUGCAAGGGCAGAAAUAUUGGUGUUUAUGUACAACAUAGUAACAAGAUAUAAUUGGAAAAUGCUUAUUCCAGAUGAAAAAGUUGUCAUUGACCCACUUCCGAGGCCCGUUCAUGGACUUCCAAUUAAGCUCAUUCCCCAUCAGGCCCAAACAUAA